AUGGAACCACAACCUCCUCAACAUCCUAAGAAAGUAAAAAAUAUUCCUUCACCGGAGGAAAUUGAGCGAAGGAGACAAGAACGUCAAAAUGAAGUCAUCCCUGAAGGAAUGAGCCGACGGGAAUGGAAAAAACAGCGUAAAGAACAGGAACAUGAAGCAACUAAAGAAGAAUACAAGGCUGCUGAGCGGGAAAAAAGACGUCAACAACGUGCUCGAAGGGCAGAAAGAAUGCGGAAUGAUCCAGAGUACCGCAAGCUCAUCCUUGAUCGAAUAAAUCAGGAACAAAAAGAUUCCGAGGUGAAGAUUGUCAUUGAUUGUGAAUUUGAUGACUUGAUGUUGAAAAAGGAGAUUAUUUCACUUUCAAACCAAAUCAAGCUGAGCUAUGCGAUAAUGAAACAGAGCGAAUACAAUUUACCAAUCCAGAUUGCUUCAUUUGACAAACAGUUGAAAGAACGGUUUGAUACUUCACUUGCUGAUUACAAGAAAUGGCAAGGUAUCAAUUUCACCGAAAAAAAAUUGAGUGAAUUGGUUACACUGGAAAACAAAGACAAAUUUGUAUAUUUGACUGCAGACACUGAAGAAGAGGUUGAGGAACUCAAGCCUGACCAUACAUACAUCAUAGGAGGGAUUGUUGAUAGAAAUCGAUAUAAGAAUUUGUGUGCAGACAAAGCCAAGAAAAUGGGGAUAAGAGUCGCAAGAUUGCCUAUUGGGAAAUACAUCAAGAUCAAUAGUCGUGCUGUAUUGGUCACAUCGCAUGUUUAUGAGAUUUGUUGUCGAUGGUUUGAAUCGAGAAAUUGGGGAAUUGCAUUUAACAAGGUAUUGCCUCCUAGAAAGAUUGCAAACAAGUACCCGGCACCAGCUGCUACAGAAGAGGGUUCUUGA